AAACAUGAACAGUCGAUUCAAAACAAAUAUUUUAAAGAACAUGUCUCGAAUCUAGAAGCGAUUUCAGCAUUUGAUGCUAAAAAACACGACAAACAAACAUUUAAACUGUAUAGACAUAAAAUUAGAACGAAAGUUGUCUCUUUUUCUGAAGAUUUUAGUUGUAAUUUGAACAUGGCCACACUCUAAUUCAACUAUGGCUUAGUAAUCUGCGCCAAAAGAAAACAAAGCCAAAAGGGCGCCAAGGGGAAAGCGAACGAGCAAGAAACGAGGGAAAAAAAGAACUUUUUUUUUUCUUUUUUCUUUUUCAAGGACCAGAAAUGGCAAAAACCCACCCACAGUAUCGGAUUUGAAGCACAAAGAAUGAACUAAAAUUGAUUCAAAGGGCGAAAUCCGAAAUUUCCCAUUUCACUAUUUUGCAUGCCCAACAUCCUUUGAAGAAGGACACAUUGCUCUGUGUUUUUUUUUUGGUAAAUGACUCUAUUUCCUUGCUUGAAUUGAGAUUUUCCUUCUGGGUUUUUGGAUAUGAACUUGUCUGAGAAAGAACUCGAGGAGCAACUUAAGGAGAUUGGGAGCGAGCUUCUAAAACCCCCUUCUUCCAUUGAUGCGCUUCUCAAAGCUCUUGAUAAUGCUGGUCGUUGUGCCUCCAACCAUUCUUUGAAGUUUUUGCAGAUGAAGGAAAGCUGAGUGUCUGUUAACUAAUGUGGAGCAAUCGCCAACGAGAUCUAUGCGAGACACACUGCUGCCCUUAAUGAAGGCAUUAAUUUCUGAUAAGCUUUUGAAGCAUUCAGAAGAGGAUGUGAAGAUAACAGCAACAUCCUGCAUUACUGAGAUUACAAGAAUAACAGCACCAGAUGCCCCAUAUGAUGAUGAGAAAAUGAAGGUGAUUUUUCAGUUGACUUUGGAAGCAUUUAGAAAGUUGUCAAAUGUGUCUGGUCGUUGUUAUACGAAGGCUUUAUCCAUUCUUGAUGCUGUUGCAAAAGUCCGUUUGUGCUUGGUGAUGCUGGAUCUGGAGUGUGAUAAUUUGAUUCUUGAAAUGUUCCAGAGCUUCCUAAAACUCAUUAGGUCCAACCAUCCAACUGCUGUUUUUUCAGCCAUGGAAGCGAUUAUGACUAAUGUGUUAGAUGAAAGUGAAGACAUCUCGUUAGAUCUUCUCCGGCUUAUUUUAGCUAGUGUCAGAAAGGAAAAUCAGGAAGCAGCUUCUAUUUCAUGGAAACUGGCAGAAAGGGUUAUGUCCAACUGUGCUACUAAGGUCCAGCCCUAUCUUAUGGGUGCAGUUCACUCUCUUGGUGCUUCUUUGGAUGACUAUGCUCCCAUAGUUAUGUCUAUAUGCCGAAAUGGAACUGAUAACAUUGAUGCUGGGAAUCAUUUGGAAAAUGAAAAGAGCGAAGAGAAGGGAACAAAUUCAAAUGAGCCAAUGCUGGUGACACUGACGCGUACGCCAGAUGCAAGCAUUGAAGAAAAUCCUCGAACUGAUGCUGCUGCUGCUUCAGAAUCAUUGAUAUCAAGUGGUACAGUUGCAGCGGGGAAUGACGACAUACUGAAGGCAUCUAAAAAUUCACAGAAAUGUAGUGAACAGUCAAAUAUUGCAGAAACCAUGAUACCUGACAAUGUAGAAUCUAUGAAGGCUGAGGACACAUUAGACUCUGUACCAAAGAAACGAGGGAGGAAACCCAACUCCUUAAUGAAUCCAGAUGAAGGCUAUGAACAUUAUUGGAUUGGAAAAGGACGGGAAAGGUCCAGACUGUCCAAUCACAAAAAAUCUAAUGACCAAAAAACUAAAUUUUCUCCUGUAAGCCUAAGAAUAGAAAAGGUUUCUUUGCCAACAAAGGUAGAAAAGGUUUUGUCUGGACAUGCUGCAGAGAAACAGAUACAAUCUGAAGCUGAAGUGGUAAAGGAGAACAUGACAAAGAUGGAAGAAAAUACUCAAGUGAGGUCAAAGAAACCUAAAGUUGGUAAGUCAAGCAAGGAUAAAACAAUUGCAGUUUCUCCUGUAAGUCCAAGAGUGGAAUCAUUGCCAACAGAGGAAGAAAAGAAGUCUCCUGGACAUGCUGAAGAGAAACAUAUACAAUCUGAAGAUGAAGUAGUAAACGAGAAUAUGAAAAAGAUGGAAGAAAAAUCUUGGGUGAGGUCAAGGAAAUCUAAAGUUGGUAACUCUAGGAAGGAUGAAGGCACUAAAUUUUCUUCAGUAAGCUCAAAAGUAAAAAAGGCUUCUUUGUCAACAGAGGUACGAAAGGAGUCUUCUGCACAUACUGAAGAGAAACGCAUACAGGUUGAAGAUGAAGUGGUAAAUGAGAAUAUGGAGAAGAUAGUAAAGAAAGCUCAGGCAAGGUCAAGGAAAUCUACUGUUGGUAAGUCUAGCAAGCUUAAAGCAACUAAAUUUUCUUCUGUAAGCCCCAGAGUUCAAAAGGAUCCUUCGACAACAGAGGUAGAAAAGGUGUUUUCUGCACAUACUGAAGAGAAACCCUUGCAAUCGGAAGAUGAAGUGGUAAAUGAAAAUAUGGAGAAGAUGGUAGAAGAAGCUCAGGCAAGUUCGAGGAAAUCUACAGUUGGUAAGUCUAGGAAGGAUAAAGUAACUAAAUUUUCUUCUAUAAGCCCAAAAGUGCAAAGGGAUACUUUGACAACAGAGGUAGAAAAAGAGUCUUCUGCACAUGCUGAAGAGAAACCUUUACAGUCGGAAGACGAAGUGGUAAAUGAGCACAUGAAAAUGAUGGAAGAAAAAACUCAGUCAAGGUCAAAGAAAUCUAAAGCUGGUAAGUGUAAGGAGGAUAAAGCAAUCCAUGAUCCUAGAUGUGUUAUUUCAGAGGAGAAAGUCUCUGUUCCCUCUGAUUACAAAGAAAAACGGUCAGUGCAUUUGGUUAUGAAGUUGAGAGUGAAGAGCACCAAUGGGGAUGGGUCAGUAGUCCAAAAAGAUGUUAUAGUGAAAUCCAUUGAUACCAAUAUGGAUAAGAAUAUUCAUAAACCAUCAACCUGUGAGGUAAAGGAUUCCAGAUCUGCCAAGUUAGAUGGUGAUGAUAGCGUGGAAGAAACUCCACAGGCAGAAGCUACAAGGAGGCAUGCCAUUGUGGAAAAAGAAGUAAUGGACAUAUCAAGUGCUGGAGAGGAACUGGUUGGUAGGAGAAUAAAGGUUUGGUGGCCCCUGGACAGGAUGUUUUAUGAAGGCGUUGUUCGUAGUUUUGACCCUGUCAAGAAAAAGCACCAGGUGUCAUAUGAUGAUGGCGAUGAAGAAAUAUUAAACCUCAAAAAGCAACGAUAUGAGCUAAUUGGUGCUGAUCCUCUGCUAGUUGGGGGUGAGGAGAAGGAUGUCCCAGAAACAGAAGCUUCGUUGGAUAUACUGCGAAAGAGGAAAAGGAAAAACAUGUCAGAAUCAGACAAGGAGGAAAAGACCGAUUCUUCAACCAGAAGGAUUAGAGCUUCAACCAAGGGGAAAUCUGACAUUAAAUCUGCAAAGUCAAGUGAGAAAGCUGCCGAUAGUUCCAUGUCCAGGAAGCCUGCUGUCUCCGAUGAAUCAAUGGACGAUGCAGGGAGUGUCGAUAAUAGUACAAAAGGAAAUGAUAAAAAGCUCAUAGACUUGAUAAAAAACAGUAGACUAAGGAUUAACUUAAAGUCCAAGCAGAAUGUAGCAGGCAGGGAAUAACACCCCGAGAGACCAAGCAGUACCUCUUGCCACCAAGAAAUUAGCGGUUUUAGAGGUACGCAGUUCUCGUACCGUUGUUUUGUCAGUUAGGGAAGACCAUAGGCCAGCUUAGUUCCUUUUCUUUUGUGUCUUUGGAAGUAGAGAAGAAAAAGUCUUUCAUCUAACCAGUCUUGUAAACAGUAGAGCCAUCAUAUAUAAACCUCCCAUGUGUAAAUCAGUUGCUGAAUGAUAACAAAAGCAGACAGUUGUUAUGUCAAA